AUGCAGGGAACGAGCUCAAGUAGUAACGCGUCAGGGUCGUCGUCGUCGUCGUCGUCGAGGCCAACCACUGUGGCCGUCGUCGUCGCACCAUCAUCGUCGACGCACCCAUCGGGCUUACUUCCGCCGCCAUAUACGAAUGAGCAGUACGAGAUGCAACAGGCGCGUCGUCGAGAGAGCGAAGGCGCAUUCGGCCCAACCGGCUCUCAAGCAGCAGGAGGAGGAGGAGGAGGACCAGUCACACCGGCCAAGUCCAGCCAUCCGCCCAUCAUCAUCACUCACUCGCCUCACAUGCCUCAGAGCGCAUCAUCGUCAUCGACGUCAUUAUCAUUACCAGGAAGCAUCAACAGUAAUAGUAAUAGCAUGAACAGUAUUAGCAAUGCUGCUGGUACUGCUGGGCGAAACUUCCAAUCCGCUGCGAAUAACAGCAACAACGCCAACCCGCCAACCCCUCAAAACAACCAACAGCAAAAGUCUCAGCAGCAACAGCAACAGCAACAGCAACAACAGCAGCAACAAGGAGGAGGAUUGCAAAAGAAGCGAUCGUGGAAGAAUCGUCGGAGCUCCAAGGAUUCAAGCUACUCGAGCAACACAAACACGGCGGGUGCCCAAGCUGCCCCGACUCCAACCAGCAGCGGCGGCGGUGGAGGUGCCUCCAUCAUGGCUGAUGGGCUUCAUCGGGAUCAACGGCACCGAGGCCGCCGUGCCAAUUACUCAUCCCAGGCCGAUGGUGCAGAUACUGCUGCUGCUGCGACGGAUGCCGAUUUCCACACAAACGUUGCCAGUUCGUCGCCCCCAAUGCUGGAUGCCAUCUCGCCGCUAGCUACUCAUCAUUCAGCUCCUGCUGUUGCCGCUGAUAGCCCUCAGUCGGCCAGUGGCGGAGGACGGACGCAGUCCCGACGAGGCACCGCGUCAGGCCGGGCCACGCCUACAACCGAGCUGCACCAGCAGCAACUGCACUACGCGACUCGCCUUCGUGAUGCAAUGCUCAGUGCCCAGACGAGCCCCGUGGCUGCCGAUGCGUUCCACCUGGCCGUCCCUGUCGAGGCGAGUCAGAAUGGCAACUAUGGCGGCCAUUCUCUGCGCACUCGCCCGUCACGACCUGCCUCCACCGCGGUUUCGCCAGCAUACGCCACUCGCUCGGCCUCACCAAUGCCAGAUAGCCACAGGGCCACAACCCCGGGCAGCACUGUUCCCCUUGUGACGGACGCUUCCGUCGCCGGCGCCCGCGGAGGAGACCGAAAGAACCAGAAGCGGCAGGCAGUAAGUGCAAGCUCUUGGAACUCGAUCGCAGACGUGGCAACGUCCGGGCAAUUCCUCGGACAAGUCUCGCCUUCGCUGGAUCAUAGCUUUACGGGUGACGAGUCAAACAACGCGCAAUCGACUCCUCGCUCCAGACGGCGUGGGCGACGAGGCGGCCGUGAUGAGGGGCAGCGGCAUGCAUCUGCCGAUCCCUCUGUGAUUGUCGAGAGGCGUUCGCGGCAUGGAAACCGCGUGGUCAAGCACUUACGUGCCGUUGCACCCAGGAAUACAAGCCAGUUUCUGAUCGGCGCGCACGAGGCCCAGCUCGGCGACGCAAAGUCACCGCUCCCUGAAAUCAUCACCAUUCCGGCCGAAGAGCUGCAACAUCCAGUUCCAACGGGAGACAUUGGCAACAAGCUUCAUCUCAACCAGAGCCAGGUGCCGUACGGUUUCGCCGAGGACGAGUAUGCUGAGGAGAUGCAACGAGAGCUCCGCGCCAUGACCAAGGCCCAGCUCAUCGAACGAGUAUUAGAGAUGGACAACGAGCUCGAACAGCUUCAGGAUGAAAAUGAGGAGCUUCGGCGGCAACUGCGAGGGAUUGAUGAGAUGACACGAUAUUGAUGGGAUGUGAAGUUUGAUGUGAUGUGAAGUUUGAUGUGAUGUUCAAACAAAAAUGGAGAAACAAAAGAAAUUUGAUU